UAGGGGGGAAGGGUAAACACUCUAUUACAGUUGACAACUCUCUCUCAAUCCAUAUUUCAUACAUAAUUUUAUAGAUUGAAAAUUUAUACCUUACUUAUAUUUGAUCUUUGCUGCGGUCCUCGACGGCGCGCUGCAGUCUGCACUACCACCGCGGCAAGUUUGAACUGACGACAACCUCACAAGUCACAGCGACAGUGCGGCACAGCAAUUGAGGGAUAAUACGAUGCAAAGGUUAUGUAAAGUUGCAACUUCACUUCCACCAGCAACUCCUGGAGAUUUCCUGAAAUGGGGUUUACUGGGUUUUGUUAGAACAUCAAAAUUUGCAUCUGGGUUUUCUCCGUUGGAAGUAAAGCCUUUGAAUUCAAUCAUGGAUGUUCAGCGGGCUCAGUUUAAGUCUCCUGAAGAUCUUGCUUCAGUUUGGGAUGAUUUUCACUUGGGAAGAGGUCAUAUUGGCGCUUCCAUGAAAACAAAUCUGUAUCGACUAUUUGAGCAAAGAGGAGUCGAUUGUCAAUAUUUUGUCAUUCCCUUGUGGAGAGAAAGUGGAUAUACAACCAUGUUUUCUCAAGCCAUCUAUACACAGUGGUUGCCUCAUUGGUCUAUGGUUGACCUAGUUGAAAGAAGUGGCUUAACCACGGGUGAAGGGAUUCUACCAGUUCUUUCUAAGAUAUGCAUAUAUUUGCCAAUUAUUGUGGCAGUUUAGUAAAUAGAAUGCCAUCAAUUUCUAGCCUGUUAGGUAAAAAAUAUAUUAGUGAAUUUUCUUUUCCAAUAAAUGCCACUUGAUUGGUAUAUAUCGCGCAUCUCAGAGAUGUACUGGAUGCCUCUCAGCGAAGAGAAUGAGAAGUUAUACUAGUCCUCGUUGGACUUUUAACGGAAUUUAACCUACUUGAGUACUUGUCCACUGGACAAUAUCUUAGCUUCAUUUGUUGGAAUACCUUAGGUAUAUAGUGUAUGAAAAUAGGAAAAUCAAACAUACUAUUAGUGGGAGAUACAUCAUUCGGUAGUUGGAGAGGGGAAGAUGACAGUUUUACAUUUGAGUCUCGACUGCUGCUUUAUGCUUGGUAGAGAACAUAUUUGUCAUGAGGUAGAGAAAAGAGGUUAGGUGAAGAAUUUUUGUUUGGUGUAAUAAACCAAUGCUAAAUGCAACAGACAGAUGUAGUACGAAAAACAGUCGUUGAAUGAACCUUUUGUGUUCUCCCCAAUAUACUGGUGUAAUAAUAAAUAAGAAUAAGAAAUUCCUUUCAUUUUUUUAGACUUUGGUAGGGACUGGAAAGUUUUCAAAACUUUUUUUUUAUAUUAAAAUUGGUAAUAUAUAUAUUUUUUAAAAUUUAUCUUUCGUAUUAAAAAUGUUCAGUGACUGAUAUAUAUUGUCAAUUUUUGAUGGAAACUGCCCUUGGCCCUGCAAUGGUGCAUAGCUCAUGGAAAAAGUAAGAUGGGAGGGCAUGGGGUGACAUUAAGGACAUAUGGGAGAGAAUGGGAGAAGUUUUAUGUGAAGUUUGCUAUAUUGAGGAUUUUUGCCUGCUGCCUUUUACUUACCUCAAAUUGAACGAUAUAUUGGAACCAAACAUCGUAACUUUCAUAUGUUUAGCAUGUAAAGCGACCAUGGAUUAGCUCAUUAUCUUCCUUAACACUUAGAGCAAUGGACUAAUGUCCAAUGGAGCGUAUGAUUCACUUCAAUGGAGGCAUUGUGCUAUCUUUGUGUCAGUAUUUUCUUGUGACUAUGUUGUUAAGGUCCAUUAAGCAGGGUCUUAAUCCUGAUUUCUGAAAUGUGAAGCCUUUGCUUACAAUCUGAUGUUGUGACUUGUGACUUGUGACAAAGGCACUAUUGAUCUGCACAAAAUUAGUUAGAUGAAAGAUUGUGCUUGUGGAGUUUGCUAGUGUUAUCGUGAUUCUUGUAUGUGUACCUCAUAUAGCAUUAAGAUUUAUACAGUGUGCUGUUUUCUGCUUUGGCUUGUAUUUAUUGAGCUGGAAUAUUGGAUGACUUGCUAACCACCCUUUACUAGGGGUUUAAACUUUAUACACAUAACAUUCUCUCUGUCAGAUCACACCUUCCUCAAGUAUAGACUUUAUGCUCCAAGGAAGAGAGGCUGUGUCACCUCUGUGUGAUUUCUCUGAUGACCUCUAUUUCCAAUUUCUACUUAGAAUGGGAUCUUGCUCAGUGCUCUCUAACUAAACAUGAGACUAUGAAGCUACAAGACAAGUUUGACCUGCUUCAUGCAUUUUUGUUUAUGACUUAUCCUCAGUGUUUGAGGAUCCUUCUUCUUCGGAUGUUAAACCAUUACUGUGUACCAUCUUUGCUAUUUCAAGAUCUUUUCGUGUCAACUGUUAAGUAUCCAGAGGUCAACCUUGUCAUUAAUGCCUGCACUGAUUUUAGCUUGCUUGCUUCUGAAUUUUGAAUGCACUGCUGGAUAAUAGAAAAUUACACACUUGAUCUCAGCUUUGUGCAUUUUGAUCUUUGAACUUCAAGGAAUUCGUGUGUGCUUGUAUAACAAUCAGUCUCUAUGGUGUCCUCUGAACUCCGAAGUGAGUGCAUAUGUAAUGUCUUAAGUGCUCAAAAUAGCAUUCAAGAAAUAGCAACUAGCAACAGGAGGAACUAGUUUUUCAUGUUUCCACAACGUUGACAACUUUUGAUUUUUCUGUG